AUGAACGCUUGCUUUCAUCGUUUUAUUUUAUACGUCUCUGCACCUGACCUCGUGUCGUCCCGCCGCAUUGCACUCGUCUCUCACCGCGCAUCUGCGCGCAUGCCGACAAUCGUGACGGCGUCAGCGGCGUCACCACGAGUGGCGGCGGAGGCGGCGCCGUCUGUGCCCGUGGCGGACCUGCUCGCGGCGGCGGAGGCUGCCGCAAACAAGGGCGCUGCGGUGAUCAUGGCGGCGCUGGACAAGCCGCGCGACAUCACGUACAAGGGGGCCACGGACCUCGUCACCAACACGGACCGCGAGAGCGAGGAGGCGGUGGUGGCGGAGAUCCUGCGGCGCUUCCCGACGCACCUGCUGCUGGGGGAGGAGGGCGGAGUCAUUGGGGACUCCGCCUCGCCCUUCCUCUGGUGUGUCGACCCCCUCGACGGCACGACCAACUUCGCCCACGGGUACCCGUCCUUCGCCACCUCGGUCGCCGUGCUCUUCCGAGGCAAACCCGUCGCCGCCUGCGUCGUGGAGUUUGCAGGGGGGCCGCACUGCUGGGUCACACGCACCUUCACCGCCUCAUCAGGCGGAGGAGCCUUCUGCAACGGCCAUCCCAUCCAUGCCAGCGCCACUGCCAAGGUGGAGCAGUCGCUGCUGGUGACGGGGUUUGGCUACGAGCACGAUGCUGCGUGGUCCGCUAACAUCGAUCUCUUCAAGCACUUCACUGACGUCAGCAGGGGGGUGCGGCGGCUGGGAGCAGCAGCGGUGGACAUGUGUCACGUGGCCCUGGGCGUGGUGGACGCCUUCUGGGAGUUCCGUCUCAAGCCCUGGGACAUGGCUGCUGGCGUCCUCAUAGCAGAGGAGGCGGGGGCACAGGUGACGCGCAUGGACGGGGGUGACUUCUCUGUCUUUGACCGCUCCGUGCUCAUCACCAACGGCCCCCUGCACGACCAGAUGCUGGCCACUAUCGCCCCGACCACCAUGGGGCUCAUCGCUGAUGGCUUUGACUUCUCCCAUUGGUUCAAGCCAGCAGACUACGAAUCUGAUGUAUAG